CUGUCCUUGCCUCCCUCCACAGGCACGGGUUUCCCCUCUGCUUUCUUUUCUCUCGGUACUUUUUCUACUACACCAAUUGACACUGUGACUGUUCAUAUAGGCUUUUAGUUUUGUAUUUCUGCAAGGGCAAUGGCGAACUCUAGGAGAAGAAUUGAGACUGAUGUCAUGAAGCUGCUCAUGAGCGACUACGACGUCAAGCUGGUGAACGACAAUAUGCAGGAGCUGUUUGUGCGGUUCCAUGGACCCGAGGAUACGCCGUUUGCGGGCGGAAUCUGGAAGGUGCACGUGGAGCUGCCGGAGCAGUACCCAUACAAGUCGCCGUCGAUCGGGUUCAUGAACAAGAUCUUCCACCCGAACAUCGACGAGCUGAGCGGGUCGGUGUGCCUGGACGUGAUCAACCAGACAUGGAGUCCGAUGUUCGACAUGCUGAAUAUCUUUGAGUCGUUUUUGCCGCAGCUGUUGCGCUAUCCGAAUCCGACAGACCCGCUGAACGGCGAGGCAGCAGCGCUGAUGAUGCGGGAUGCGACGGCAUACGAGACCAAGGUCAAGGACUAUGUGAAGAGGUUUGCGUCGAAGAGCGCGCUGAGUGCA